AAAUACAGAUUUGAAUAUACAUUCAUACAUACACCGCUCAAACACAAGUCAUCACUCAUUACAUCCCCUAAAGAUAAGUAUCAAACUACUCAACAUCCAACUACUCAUGCGAAUCCGAAUCAGCAAAAGUGGUGGGACCCAUUUACACCUCAGCACCUCCGGCGCACAGUAGCUAUAACCUAUAGGUCAUACGAUCACGUACGAACCUCUUCACCGCUACACUUUUUCACACACACAGAUCUCUCAAUUCUCAAUCCUCUCCGUUUCCGGCACCUCAACCGCCGAUGGCGAUGGAGGACACCGAGAGCUGCGGCAGCAGGGCGGUGGAAUCGCCCAAAAAGAGCAAACAACGGCGGCAGAAACUUGAGGUUUAUAACGAUGUUCUCACUCGGUUGUAUGACAUGCGUCAUGAAGAUACUCAGCAAGUGGAUUUUGAAGAUCAGUUAUGGAUUCACUUUAAUCGGCUUCCGGCUAGAUAUGCGUUGGAUGUGAACGUGGAGAGAGCGGAAGACGUGAUCGUGCAUAAGAGAGUUUUGAAGAUGGCAGAAGAUCCUGCUAAUAGACCUGCAUUUGAAGUCCGAUUAGUGCAGGUUCAUCCUAUCUCAGAUGAUAACACAUCUGAUAUGGACAGUAUGGAAAUCUCAAUGAAAGAAGACGCUCAAAGUCCUUUCACUUACACUAGCAGAAGCGGAUUGCACCCCCCUCCGUCUUUUGGUUCUAUGCAAAAUCUUGAAGCACUUGCACUAAAAGUCAAUAGACAUCAUGACAGUCAUACCGACAAUGAUGUGAAUUCAACUUCUGUGUCUUCCAGGCCUAUGCAUGAGGUCACGUUUUCAACUAUCGAUAGACCAAAAGUCCUAAGUCAGUUGACUUCUUUACUUUCCGAGGUUGGAUUGAACAUUCAAGAAGCACAUGCUUUCUCCACCGCUGAUGGCUUCUCAUUGGAUGUCUUUGUCGUUGAUGGAUGGCCUCAUGAGGAAACCGAACAGCUCAGAUAUGCAAUAGCAGAGAAGAUAAUGAAGGCAGUGGGGGAAAAACAAUCUUCACCGACUACUUCUAAUAACGUUCCUACACCAAGUCCCUCUAUGCCUUCUAAUGGUCAUGUAAAAAUACCUACCGAUGGAACUGAUGUAUGGGAAAUUGAUGUUAACCUUCUGAAAUUCGAAGAUAAAGUGGCAUCUGGGACUUUCGGUGAUUUAUAUAAAGGCACAUAUUGUAGUCAGGAAGUAGCUAUUAAAGUUCUUAAGACAGAGCGCGUUGAUGCAGAUAUGGUAAAAGAAUUCACUCAGGAAGUGUUUAUUAUGAGGAAGAUUAGACACAAGAAUGUUGUUCAAUUCAUUGGAGCAUGUACCCAGCCUACGAAACUCUGCAUUGUAACUGAGUUCAUGGCACAGGGAAGCAUAUAUAACUAUCUGCACAAGCAGAAUGGUUCUUUUAAACUUCCCAUGAUACUGAAAAUAGCGAUUGACAUAUCCAAAGGCAUGAGCUACCUGCACCAAAAUAAUAUUAUCCACCGGGACUUGAAAACCGCCAAUCUUCUGAUGGAUGAACACGGAGUUGUGAAGGUUGCCGAUUUCGGAGUGGCUAGGGUUCAGACUCAAACCGGAGUAAUGACUGCAGAAACCGGAACGUACAGGUGGAUGGCACCUGAGGUUAUCGAGCACAGACCAUACGAUCAUAAGGCUGACGUGUUCAGCUUCGGGGUAGUGCUAUGGGAGCUUCUAACAGGCGAAGUUCCCUACAAAUGCUUAUCCCCAUUACAAGCAGCAGUUGGUGUAGUACAACAGGGUCUACGGCCCCCAAUCCCUAAGCAGACUCAUCCGAAGCUCAUCGAGUUGCUCGAGAGUUGCUGGCAACAGAACCCGACACUGAGACCCAACUUCACAGACAUCCUGGACAAACUAAAACGUUUAGCAAAAGAGGUCGGGAAUGCUGGAGAGGGGCAAAAGGACAAAUCUCUUAGUGGAUUUUUCUCGGGUUUUAAGAAGGGACAUCACUGAUUGUAGCAGCAG